AUGUCGCUUUUGUUCUUCACUACGCGUCAAGGCAUGUGGAAACGACCGGUGUGCAGUGCGGCGUUGACGCGGCGGCUCUUCGCCGCCGCGCCCGCCAAGGCCGCCGAACCAGUGAAGCGACUCGAGAAGAUCCUUAUUGCUAAUCGCGGGGAGAUCGCUUGUAGGGUGAUGCAGACUGCGAAGCGCAUGGGAAUCAAAACCGUCGCUGUUUAUUCGGAUGCGGAUCGUGAUUCGAUGCAUGUUCAGAUGGCGGAUGAAGCGUUUCACAUCGGGCCCCCACCUGCUUUGCAAAGCUACUUGCGACAAAACAGCAUACUGGAUGUGGCGAAACGAAGUGGUGCUCAAGCCAUUCAUCCGGGUUAUGGAUUCCUGUCGGAAAAUGCCACCUUUGCAGAUCUGUGUCAACAAGAAGGCAUUGUUUUCAUCGGUCCACCUCCGUCUGCUAUUCGGGACAUGGGGAUCAAAAGUUUGCCGUUGUCUAAAGUUUCAGGACAUUUCAAGGAUGUCUGGGCAGAUUUUAUCUCCGAUCCGCAAAUGAGAGAAACCCCGUUUGAAAUUUCCAGCAAGGCAAAGGCGAUUAUGAUUGCAGCCAAUGUCCCUGUUGUUCCUGGAUAUCAUGGUGAUGGUCAGAGCCUGGAAGAGCUGAGACUCGAAGCUGACAAAAUCGGAUUCCCAGUGAUGAUCAAGGCUGUUCUCGGAGGUGGUGGUAAAGGAAUGCGAAUUGCGAAGACAGGUGAUGAUUUUGACGAAGCAGUGGAAUCAGCACGCAGGGAAGCGAAACAAGCUUUCAACGAUGAUGCUUUGCUGUUGGAAAGAUAUGUUCAACGUCCGAGACACGUUGAAGUGCAAGUUUUCGCUGAUGCUCAUGGAAACGCUGUGUAUUUGUUUGAACGGGAUUGUUCCGUUCAGCGACGGCAUCAGAAAGUGAUCGAGGAGGCACCUGGUCCGGGUCUUACCCCGGAGGACAGGAAGGCGAUUGGGGAAGCCGCUGUUCGAGCUGCCCUGGCUGUUGGGUACCGCGGGGCAGGCACUGUUGAAUUCAUCAUGAUCCCCGAGACUCGCGAAUUUUUCUUCAUGGAAAUGAAUACCAGGUUGCAAGUUGAACAUCCGGUGUCAGAAAUGAUCACCGGAACUGAUCUGGUCGAAUGGCAAAUUCGUGUCGCUGGAAACGAAACGCUGCCGUUGGCACAGGAAGAUAUUAAGCUCAAUGGACACGCUUUCGAAGCACGGAUUUAUGCGGAGGACACGGAUGCCAACUUCAUGCCUGCUCCCGGGAAGCUGGAGCACCUGGACGUAUCCGGUAUUGCACGAUUAUUUGGCGGAGAUGUCGGCCCGAACUCCGUUAGAGUGGAAACGGGUGUUCGGGAGAAAGACGAAGUAUCCAUUUAUUAUGAUCCUAUGAUUGCGAAACUGGUGACCUGGGGACCCGAUCGUCAGACUGCACUGGCGAAACUCACGCAGUCUCUCGCCGAAUUCCAUGUUGCUGGAUUGCCAACAAAUGUCAACUUCCUACUGAGGUUGGCCAAGCAUGAAGCUUUCAAAGCGGGAGAUGUUUCUACUUAUUUCAUCGACGAACACAAGGAUGAUGUUUUGCCUGCGAAACCUACUGCCCCGUUGACUGCCGUUGUCAAGGGUGUUGUCGGAAUUUUUUUGCGAGUUGCUGCCGAAGAAGUGGAGAAAAGCCGGAGAUCUGAAGAUAAAUUUUCUCCUUGGGCCGCUGGCGAUUCAUUUCGAUCUUGUCAUGCUAUGAAAAAAUCCCUCAAGUUACGUCUUCGUGAUACAGGUUCGCAUCAUAUCAUAAUCGUUUCCUAUUUAAAUUGUGCAUACAGUCAAAUUGCGAAAUUUAGGGUUUCUUCGCUGAUCGAGAGAAAAAAAACGUUUGAAGAACAUGAGGUGAGCGAAAAAUUGAUCCUGAGAUGA